UCUCGUCCAACAGUUGACAUUUCAAGUGAUGCUUUGGGAAUAAAUUUUGUCGAUUUUAAAUGUAUUUAUAACAAAACUAAUUUAUUUUCGUAGUUUUAUAUAUUUUGCUUAAAAUGUGACGUUAGAGUUUUUAAUCUUAGAAAUAUGCACACAAGCUGUUUAAUGAUUACCAGUUGAAUUUGACAAGGUCUAUUACAAAACACUUGUAAUUUGUGUCUACCUAUUUGUGUAGUUUGUUUUUAUCCGAAAGGUCUAUUUUUUUCGAUGCAUUUCCGUGGCUUUUAUUCAGUGUUAAUCAAGUUCAAGUUGAAAUGGUUCGAGUCAAUAGUCUGAUGGCAUCCCAGGAGGGUGUGAAAACUCCUCAUCGCAUUGAGCUAUUUGAAGAAAAGAUAGUAAAGCCCAAAAGAAAUUAUAGAAAGCGCAGAAUAGUGGUUGCAACACCAACAAAAACUGAAAAUGAAGAAGUAACAUCAGAACCACCAAUUAAGAAAGAAACUAAAUCUAAACCUCUUAAAACCAACAACGGUAUCAGCAUAAUGACAAACGGUAUCAAUGUGAGAUCUCGCGCAGCCCGCGCAGCUGCUCGAACAGCUGAAAGUCACAAACUCACUGAAUACUUUAAGGAGGAGUUAAAAAGUCCCAAAAUAGAGAACCCUCCAUCUCCCUCGCCAAUUGAAAAGACUGCUAAAGUUGAAUCUAAGGCUGUGAAUGGCAGCAAUCAUAAAUUAACUGAAUACUUUCCUGUGAGACGCAGUGUAAGAAAGACUUCAAAAUGUGUCAUGGCUGAAAAGAUGAGGGACUUGGAGAGAGCAAUCAGGGAACAAAAAGAGGAUGGGUUACAGGUUGCUUAUUUCGAUGGCAAAGGUCGUGGAGUUAUAGCCACGCGUCCUUUCCACCGCGGCCAGUAUGUAGUGGAGUAUGUGGGCGAGCUUGUAGGUGUGGCGGAGGCUCGAGAGCGGGAGCGCAAGUACGCGCAGGAUCCCAACGCUGGCUGCUAUAUGUAUUACUUUAGACUGCAAGAUCAACAGUAUUGUAUCGACGCGACAUCGGAAUCGGGUCGGCUCGGUCGCUUAGUGAACCACUCUCGCAAUGGGAACUUGUCUACCAAAGCUGUGUGGGUGGACGGGCCCAGGCUGGUGUUGCUGGCCGCACAGGACAUAUCCGCUGGCGAGGAGCUUACAUAUGACUACGGGGAUCGGUCCAAGGAGUCGCUGCGUCACCACCCCUGGCUUGCGCUUUGACCUGGAUUGCCUUCAGAAAUCUCAAUUUGACUACUAAGGAUUAUUUAUUAAUUUAAACUUAGCUGUUAAGUUUGUUUGUUAUAAUUAUGUAAGGUUUGAUAUUUAAUAUAAUGUUAUGUAGUGACACAAGUGGCCUAGGAAUAGUUUUGAUACUUGAACAGGGUGGUUCUUGUAUUGCCUUAUGCCACAAGGAUUAAACUUGUGAGUAAGGUGAAAAAUUAAGCUUCAAAUCAUACUAUCCCAUUUUUGUAACUAGCCAAAGAAUAAGUAGAAAAUAAAAGAUUUUCUUAAAGUUUCACAGAGUAAUAUAAACUUGUCUCUGUCUAGCUUAUGUUACAGUGAUGAGAGCGAAUGGGAUAGCAUGCAGUUUCGCUUUAAUCCUCUAAUGACGAGUAUUUGCUAUACAUUUACGUCAUUGCGCUGAUAUUGAGCAAAUGACCUAUUUGUAUUCCUAGACGAAGGUAUACGGAAAUGUUUAUGAUCAGACAAACUUACAAAAUAAGUAUUUCCAUAGUAUCAGUAUUUACGGUUAUAUCUAAUAAAAGAGAAGAUUACAUUUGAUUGUAGGCUAGUGAUAUGUUACUCGGAGUGUUGAAGAAACAGUUCAUGUUAUGAACAUAAUAAUUGUAUGGAUGCCUCUGAAAGAGAUUUAUAUUCAUCUGUAAUAAUUUAUCCAAACGAGAAGCUAUUUUUAUUGCACUUUUGGCAAAUAAAGAUAACAAAAUAAACAACAUUUAGUUGUAGAGAAUGCUCGGUUUAACUGCGAAUCUGUUUACGUAAUAUCAUACAAUAGCGGUUAGAUCUAGAGAAUUUCCAGUGGAAGCGAGAGUAUUGGUACGUUUAAUAGAAGGCUGAAUGCUUCAAUGGUAGAUGGGAAAAUCAUUUAAACCGAAAUGAGAAUCAUCUACCAAUGUCCUUAUUAGGCUCAGCCUUCACAAAAAACGUGUAAAGUGAGUUUUGCGUGAGUUGCAAUUUCUAUUUUAGUGACAUGUACUACGACGCGUAGACAUAGUUACAUAAUAAUGUAUGAAACAUGUCACAUGAAGUAAUUUAGAAAUUUUGCACCGGUAGAAAAAUUCUGGAUACAAUCGAAUCGCCAAAAAGAGACUCGGAUCCCUGAUUCGAAGUCUGCCUUAUUUAACUAAGAACGCGAAUGGACAAAACCAAUGAAGACUAUGAUAUUUUUUGUACAAAAUAAGUAUAAACGUACUGAAUAUAAUAUAUUGUAUAUUACGGAUAAUAUGCUUCAUCAUAAUAUAUUGAAGUAUUAUGUUUUAAAUUAAGUUAACGAUUUAAUCACUUGUUUCUCAAAUUAAGUUCAACACACAAACUCGAAUAGUUUAUGUACUUUUCUUAAGAUUAAGCGGUUGAGUUUUGCGAGAGCGUUAUACGUAUUUCUCAUGGAAUGUGUUAAGAUCCACCAAUUUGUGAUUUGGGUUAUCAUAAGAACAUAACUAUAUCGUAAAUCGUUAAAAGAUGUACAAAAAAUUUGUUAUGAGGCUCUAUGACGCAGAUCUUGUAAACUAAUGGUCUGAGCAAUGAAAAAUAGAAAAUAUUUCCCAUUGUCCCUCGUCUGACAUCUUACAAAUGCAUUUGAAUUCUCAUAACAAUAGAUAAUUUGAGAAAUUUAUAUUUGUCCAUCACAAGUCAGCUGAAUGAUUAAAAACCAACUUAUUUUGAGGGAAACUGUUAUUGAGUUCAACAGGGACAUCUAAAAGAAAGACAGAGUUAAAUUGCAAUAAUCUAUGACAAAAAUAUUGAUGUUUAUCUCUCUAAUAUAAGUACAUUCAACACAAAUGAUUUUAUAAGCGUUUGUGAUAUAGACUCAUUCAUAAGAACGAAUAUGUUAUACAUCGACGUGUUCCCGAUUGCACCAUUUUCCUGUAUUAAGAUUAAAAUAGCCGUCCACAAGCAAUAAUUUCGGUAUUCCUUAAAUAGAUUGUGCACUUUUGUUUAAAAAUUCGCUAAUGACUAAUUGGUAUGAUAUGGGACUUGACGUGUUUUCUAUAAUAAUUAUUAUUAGUAUUUCGAUAUUAGGGUUUGGAUGGACAUACUUUCAUAUUAAGUUUAGUAUGGCAUUAUCGAUUAAUUCAGUAAUAUCUGAAGGUAAAUAUGCAAAUCGUUGAAUUCGUUUAUUUAACACAGCAACAUUUAUCUCUUAAUAUAAUAUGUUCUUUAUGAAUAUUUUUAGUUUCAUGGAUUUUAACGGUUUGCAUAGUUUGAUACAAUCACAUGAUGAAGAAAAUGCUGAUUCUCUUAAUUUAUUGAAUUGAAUAGAAAUCCUAAAUAGGGUCACUUUUCAACUAAAGGAAGACUCGGUAUGUUGAAAUAUAAUAUUGCUUUUGUAGUUCCUACUCCCCGAAUAAUUCUAGACUAAUGCCUUAUAUGGAUUCCUAACAAAAAGUUAUUUAAUAACUACCCACAAAGGCUUAGAUUUUUUGAGUCUGUAAGUAAAAUAUCUAGUUUAAAUUCUUGUUAGUAUUCUCAUAUUUAACGUAAUUCUUUUAUAUGUAAUAGUAAUAUAUUUUCGAACACGUUUUAUUGCAUUUUAUUUAAUAAAAUUAAGUAGGGCGUUUGAAUAGCGAUAGAUUUAGUUCAUGUUUAUAUUUAUAUUUAUAUUUGAAUAACUUAGUGGCUAGUGCAUAUCUACAUAGUUACUCGUAAACGCGACGUGGAUUAAUAAGUAUCUUUUGCUGUCAUUUGAAUCUUCUAACUUUCAUCUGAUUCUGAUUUGCAUGCAACUUUAUGAAAAUCAUUGGAAUGUUAUAUAUUUUGUUUUAUUUUUAUCUAAUUUUAUCUUGAAAUAAUUCCACGUCGCGUAUCUUUUCAUUUAAAUUAUGGCCAUCAAUAAUGUAACUGCAAUAAAACGCACGUCCUACUCGUGUACACCAAAUAUACAAAAGAAAUAUUUUUAUAGGUAAAAUGAAAUUUUAAUUUUAAGUAACUUUAAUACAUCAUUGUUUUACAUGUUAUUGUUUGUAUGUGAAUUAUUAUACAUAUAGGAAGUACGAACAAUAGUUAAAAUGUAAUGUGAAAAGCUAUUUUCAUAAGUAGCGAUUUUGUAAGACUUAAUUAUUAUUAAUAUGCGGGCCGCUACGCACUGCCCUAAUGAUAAUAUUAUAUUAAUCAAUCAGUAGUGAUCGAGAAUUGAAUGAAAUAAAUAAAUUAUGAAAAAUAA